CAGUAUAUUUCACACUGACCGCCAGGUGUCUAAAAAAAAUUAACAGUCAAGCGUAUUAUUUUGUGUAACGCCGUAUAGAACGCGCAUUUUGUAAAAGCAGUCAACCAGCGAACCCCUUUCGACAGACAAUGCAGGGACGCUGAAAGACCCGGAUGUGGAGAAAUCAAGUGAGGUCACGUGGUAAACUGCAACAUCAGCGUGAGUCGGCUCGGGGGGCGCGUGCGCGGAAUAACUGUCUGUUAAAGGUGACUUCGGACAGAAGGUGUGCGGUCAUGUUCCGCCAAACAAGAAGCUUAUUAUGGAAACUUCGCUGUUUAGCUGUUGCGGGACGGGGGUGCCGGUUCCGCAGCAGCUGUGCGGCCCAGGAGAAGAAGGUCCUGCAGUACGAACCCGGACAGCAGCUCCACGGCUUCACAGUCCAACAGGUGAGUCCAGUCCCUGACCUGUCCCUCACAGCUGUGAAGCUGACCCAUGACCGAACAGGUGCCCAGUAUCUGCACGUGGCCCGGGAUGACCCCAAUAACCUCUUCAGUGUACAGUUCAGGACGACGCCCAUGGACAGCACGGGCGUCCCGCACAUCCUGGAGCACACGGUGCUGUGCGGUUCGGAGAAAUACCCGUGCAGAGACCCUUUCUUCAAGAUGCUCAACAGGUCCCUGUCCACCUUCAUGAAUGCCUUCACAGCCAGUGACUACACAAUGUAUCCAUUUUCCACACAAAACGCUAAAGAUUUCCAGAAUCUUCUUUCUGUUUACCUGGACGCAGUGUUUUUCCCAUGUCUCCGCGAACUUGAUUUUUGGCAGGAAGGGUGGAGACUGGAACAUGAAAAUCCUUCCGAUCUAAAUUCCCCACUGGUGUUCAAAGGAAUCGUCUUCAAUGAAAUGAAAGGGGCCUUCGCUCAGAGCGAGAGUGUGUACGCGCAGCACCUUCAGAACAAGCUGUUCCCUGACCAUACGUACUCGGUGGUGUCUGGCGGGGAGCCGCUGGCCAUCCCUGACCUCUCCUGGGAGCAGCUGAAGCAGUUCCACGCCACCCACUACCAUCCCAGCAACGCAAAGUUCUUUACGUAUGGAGACAUGCCUCUGGAGCCACACCUGCAGCAGAUCAACGAGGAGGCGCUCUGUAGAUUUGACCAGAUCGAACCCCACACCGUGGUGCCCCCACAGCCACACUGGAACCAGCCUAGGGAGCACCACGUCACAUGUGGCCCCGAUCCUUUGGCCCCUGACCCCUCCAAACAGAACUCCCUGUGCGUGAGCUACCUCCUAGGAGACAUUACAGAUUCAUUUGAGUCCUUCACUCUGAGCCUUCUGUCUUCUUUGAUGGUGAACGGACCCAACUCUCCUCUCUACAAGGCACUCAUAGAGCCCAAGAUCGGAACAGACUUCUGCUCAGUUGUCGGGUAUGAUGGCAGUACCAGAGAGGCAUCCUUCUCCGUCGGCUUGCAGGGGGUGGCCGAAAAAGAUAUGGAAACUGUUAAACAAAUCAUCUUCCAAACUAUCGAUGAAAUCAUUGCUGCUGGCUUUGAAGAAGAGAGGAUUGAGGCCCUCCUACAUAAAAUCGAAGUUCAAAUGAAGCAUCAGUCCACAAAUUUUGGGCUGUCCUUAGCUUCUUACAUUGCACCGUGCUGGAAUCACGAUGGUGACCCCAUACAGCUGCUGAAGAUCAGUGACAGUGUCGCACAGUUCAAGAAGUGCCUGAAAGACAAUCCCCGAUACCUUCAGGAAAAGGUCCAGCAGUAUUUCAAGGACAACACCCACAGGCUGAUGCUGUCCAUGAGCCCAGAUGAGGCCUACUUUGAGAAGCGGGCCAAGACUGAGCAGGAAAAACUCCAGCAGAAAAUACAGUCCCUGUCUGGCAGUGACAGGAAGGAGAUCUAUGAUAAAGGUUUACAACUUUUAUCCAUUCAGAGCACGUCUCAGGAUGCAUCUUGCCUUCCUGCUCUGAAGGUUUCCGACAUUGCGCCAACCCUUGUUCCUACACCUGUGGAAAUGGGGAAUGCAGAGGAGGUUCCUGUGCAGUACUGCCCUCAGCCUACCAACGGCAUGGUGUAUUUCCGCGCCAUGUGCAGCCUCAACACUCUCCCUGAUGAACUCAAAGUUUACGUUCCUCUGUUCUGCAAUGUUAUUACCAAACUGGGCUGUGGGACACUGGACUACAGACAGCAGGCUCAGCAGAUGGAGCUGAAGACCGGAGGGAUGGUCGCGUCUCCACAGGUCAUCACCGAUUCUGCCGAUCUGGAUAUUUAUGAACAGGGAAUUCUUCUCACGUCUUCCUGCCUGGAAAGGAACAUGUCAGACAUGUUUCACCUCUGGAGUAAAAUAUUCAACAGUCCGCACUUUGAGGAUGUUGAGCGCUUGCGGGUGCUGGUGAUGAUGGCGGCCCAAGAACUGUCCAAUGGGAUCUCCAACUCCGGCCAUAGAUACGCCAUGACCAGGGCUGGCCGUACCCUGACGCCAGCUGGAGAUCUUCACGAAAUGUUUGGUGGGCUGGAUCAGGUCAGAUUCAUGAAAAGGUUGGCAGAGAUGUCAGACCUGAGUGCUGUGCUCCGGAAGUUGCCUCGGAUAAAGAAACACGUCCUUAACAAAGACAACAUGAGGUGUGCAAUUAAUGCUACAUCUGAAAAGAUGUCGGAAGCAUCACACGAGGUAGAGAAAUUCGUAGACAGGAUUCCUACCAUUAAGAAGGACCGCAGACCAAGCCGGGCCACUAUUAUGGAGAGGCCACUGAGAACUUCCAAACUCGGUGCAAGUCGGAAAGUAAUUUCAGAAGCCGGUUUCAAGCCCUGCCAGAUGAAGACGUAUUUUGAGCUUCCUUUUCCUGUCAGCUAUGCUGGCGAGUGUGUUCGUACGGUCCCUUUCACCCACCAGGAUUAUGGCAGUCUUUGCAUAUUGGGCCGGAUGAUGACCGCAAAAUUCCUUCACGGAGAGAUCAGAGAAAAGGGCGGAGCUUAUGGUGGCGGAGCAACAAUGGGAUAUGGAGGAUUGUUUUCAUUCUAUUCUUACAGAGACCCCAACUCUACACAGACGUUGAGUGCCUUUCGUGCUGGAGUAGAAUGGGCCAAGGCUGGAAAAUUCUGCCAGCAGGACGUUGAUGAGGCCAAACUGUCAGUGUUUUCUGCUGUCGACGCACCAGUAGCUCCAUCAGAUAAAGGGAUGGAUCAGUUCCUGAGCGGUGUCUCGGACGAACUGAAGCAGAAGCACAGAGAGCAGCUCUUUGCCGUCACCAAGCAAGACUUGAUUGAUGCGGCUGGCAGGUACCUUGGCAUUGGCCAGAGCACAGGUGGAGUAGCCAUCCUUGGACCAGAAAAUGAAAUUAUCAAAAAGGAUCCAUCAUGGGUUAUAAGAUAAUCUCACUACAGCUAAAAGUUUUAGUCAACAACAUUGUGGUAUCAUUUAAUUCACCUUUGCAGAGCAUUUAUUUCCUCAUAACAUCAAGUGCUCAGUUGAUAAUGUUCAGUAUUGAUUGUACAACUACAGCAAUU